UAAUUAUUUAUCAACGAUUAUUUAGUUCUAAUCCUAAAAGUACCUACAAGUACUUCCCUGCUCCCUUCGUGUUUCGUCCUUUCCCUGCUACCCGAUACCCUGAAAGUGCACUCAACAGCAAGCCGCGCGUACGAACGAGGGAAAAGGGAGCGAGUUCCGCGUACACUUUUUUCGCCAAGGUCGCCGCGGACGGUCGUGAAAAAGUGACUUCGAUCUCGUUCCUCUCGCUUCCAGCAGUUUCCAAAAAGCUCCUGCUACUUGCAAAGCUUGUCUGCCGGACGACCCCUUCAACUAAGAAGCGCGAUUGAUUGAUUGGACCCAGUACUGCCUCCUGCGCUCUAAAAUGUUACGAACAAUCAUCGUACGAAACGAGAAUCUCCUGCUGCAAGGAUCGAUCCGAAAGAUACUGAAAGGCACUGCCGUCCGCUCGCUCAGCAGCGAGUGUGCCAAACGAUCAGCUGCCGGCCACCGCAGAAACUCGCACACCCUAUCGAACGGCCGCAACAACCUUAAGCAGGUAACAUGGAGAACGAACCUGGUCCGAGGAUACUGCAGCGGAUUUCCGGCUCACUCGAAGGUCCUGCUGCCGGCACUGUCCCCCACGAUGGAGCUGGGCACCAUCGUCAGCUGGGAGAAGAAGGAAGGCGACAAGCUGAAUGAAGGUGAUUUACUGGCGGAAAUUGAAACCGAUAAAGCGACGAUGGGCUUCGAAACGCCCGAGGAGGGUUAUUUGGCAAAGAUUCUGGUGGCUGCCGGUCAGAAAGACGUCCCCAUCGGAAAGUUGGUGUGUAUUAUCGUAGAAAACGAGGCCGAUGUGGCUGCGUUCAAGGAUUACAAGGAUACGGGUGCUGCACCGGCAGCACCGGCCGCUGCUCCAGCCCCACCGGCACCAUCCGCUGCCCCACCAGCACCUACCCCACCGCCAGUAUCUGCCCCUCCGCCACCACCGCCAGUAGCUGCCGCGCCACAGCCGAUGACGGCGGUAGAGCAGCGCGGACCGCGCGUCUACGCUAGCCCGAUGGCUAAGAAGCUUGCCGAACAGCAACGUUUGCGGCUGGAAGGUAUGCAAGCGGACGGUGCACCAGCGGCCGGUGCCCCAUCACCAGCAGCGCACACCAUCCCUGCCGGUGCGGCCUACGUCGACAUCCCGGUGUCGAACAUCCGGGGCGUGAUUGCGAAGCGAUUGCUCGAAUCGAAAACCACCAUCCCGCACUACUAUCUCACGGUCGACGUAAAUAUGGAUCAGGUGACGAAGCUGCGGGCGCGCUUUAACAAACAGCUCGAAAAGGAGGGCGUGAAGCUGUCGAUUAACGAUUUCAUCAUCAAGGCGGCCGCUAUGGCGUGCAAAAAGGUGCCGGAGGCGAACUCCGCCUGGAUGAACACGGUGAUCCGGCAGUUUGACGCGGUGGACGUGUCCGUUGCCGUGUCGACCGACCGGGGACUGAUCACGCCGAUUGUGUUUGCGGCCGACCGGAAGGGCAUCGCCGACAUUAGCAAGGACGUGAAGAAUCUGGCGGCGAAGGCACGCGAGGGCAAGCUGCAGCCGCAGGAGUUCCAGGGCGGCACCUUCAGCGUGUCGAACCUGGGCAUGUUUGGCGUGACCCAUUUCUGCGCCAUCAUCAAUCCACCACAGUCGUGCAUUCUGGCGGUCGGUGGCACUCAGAAGCGUCUCGUACCUGACAAGGACUCGGAAGCUGGCUUCAAGGAAAGUGACUAUGUCGCGGUAACGCUUAGCUGUGACCACCGUACGGUCGAUGGUGCCGUCGGUGCCCGCUGGUUGCAGUACUUCCGCCAGUUCCUGGAGGAUCCCAACUCGAUGUUGCUGUAAACGGGAGGAGGUGUUGUAAAAAAAGUCUUCUUCGAGUGGCCCUGUUGCUGAAAUCCGAACCGAAAGUCCAGCUCUAUGGGGGGCGGAUGAUUACUGUAAUGGAAAGAGUAGAAAUAUUAAAUAGUAGUACUAGCAGCAGCCGCAAAACUGAAGGGUGUCAACAGUAUGGGAGGCAAGAGUAUUGAUGCUUUAGUUGCGUAUUUACUGCACGUGCGUUGUGCGUUAAAACGGCAAUGAAACAAACACCAUCGCACACUCAUCCCAGUGGUGGUUCAAUGCUCUGGACUGAUUUCCCUCCCUAACGAAUGGAUGCUCCCUGUACAAUUACAUUACACAUAUGUACCAAAUAGUUCAUAGUUUCACAACCACAGCGAGACAGAGAGAGGGAUAGAGAGAGAGAGAUGUUGACGAGCAAUACAGCUCCAAUAGAGCAUACCUUGAAGCUGCAAACGCUGCCGAUAGUAACCGAUCUACCUGUUUCAUAGUGUAGGAAAGCCAUAGAGAAAGAGACCGUUUAACGCCGCAUUGUACACACCAGGAGCGAUGCCACAUCGUUCCCGCACACUACUAAUCUUUUAGUCACGGGGAAAUGGAUAAGACAGGGACAAAGGGAAAAGGGAACCACCCCCCAUACAGACGGACAGCCUUGAUUGACGAGGGAAGCCAACGAAAUUCGAACAAAAACAUCACCAUCAAAAACUCGCUUUUGGCAACGAAAUCGGCCACCACCAAAAGCUGAGUGCGGGCCACGAGCCGAAAUCUUCCCAACCUUACACUAGGAGCAAAGCACUAUUUUAUAGUCAGUCAAAUGUUCGCGACGUUCGGGAUGAUUCACUAAACAAACAAAGAAAAGACACAGCACCAUCACUCAAACGGCGAAGGGCGCAAAAACGACGGGGGGGGGUUGGAAAAAAGGGGAAAUUUAGACGACGAGCCACUGGUCAGAUACCCGAUGAUGGAUUUGCUUGUUGAACAAGAUCUUUUUUUGUAUAGCUUUUUUGUUUGCUGUUUGUUUGUUUGUAUGCGCUACUCUUAUUUUUAAACCAGACAUCGAGGAAUAAAUCAAAUUUAUUUAUUGGUUACCGCAUCGUGGUUCAUCAAGGCACUUUCGUAAAGGAGUUUUCUGCUGUCCUUCUGUUGUGUUUGCACAGAAUGGGGAGAGAAUGAUCGUCGCGAGCAAAGACAAUAAGCUAAAACUAUUCACGCGCGCACAGAGGAGCUUAGCGAAAAGCCUUGCCGACCUUGACCCGUAUUUGAAUCUUUAGGAAAAUCGUUGUGAUCGUUUGGAAUCGUUUGGAAAACAAAGUGAAUCAGCUUUAGGUUACAGCGUCGUCUACCAAACUCAACCGUACCCCCAAAACCGUUUAAAAACCAAUGUACUACGGAAUGUCUCUGAUACAGAAUCAAAUACAGUACCGAUUGGAGCUUAA